UACUGUAUCUGCACACAGAGACAGAGAUAGAUUAUAUACAACCACCUGUGGAUAUUAAAGGGUAUAAAGAGGAGAAAGUUAACAUAUGACCAUUAUUUAAAGGACUAUUUCACAUUGCAGGAGACAAGGUGAUGAUAACGAUGAAAUUGAUCAAGACUUUGUGUUUGGUUCUGUGGGCUUUGACGGUCCACUCAACAGCAAAUGAACUGUAUGAACGUGCGCUUAAACUGAUGGCUGAAGCUCCGCUAAUAGAUGGACACAAUGACCUGCCCUGGCAGCUGAGGAACAAGUUUAAUAAUCAACUCGAAGAAGUGGACCUGUACAUGCUCAACUCCACUCACACCAACAUCCCGAAAAUUAAAGAAGGACGCCUCUCAGCACAGUUUUGGGCCGCUUAUGUAGCAUGUGACACGCAAUAUAAAGAUGCAGUCAGACAGACCUUGGAACAGAUUGAUGUGAUCCACAGGAUGUGCCAGAAAUAUCCAGAUGUUUUCACAUUUGCUACCAGCAGUCAAGAUAUAGAGGAUAUUUUUGCCCAGAAUAAGACCGCUUGUUUGAUUGGCGUUGAGGGUGGGCACUCAAUUGACAGCAGUCUGGCCACACUGCGCACCAUGUACCAGCUAGGCGUUCGAUACCUAACGCUUACACACAGCUGCAACACACCCUGGGCGGACAACUGGCUGGUGGAUACAGGAUCCGAGCCUGCAGUGCAUGAUGGUUUGUCUGAUUUUGGCAAGCAAGUGAUCUUUGAAAUGAAUCGCAUUGGAAUGUUGGUUGAUCUGGCUCACGUGUCCGAGAAGGUGAUGAAACAGGUUCUUGAGAUCUCCAAAGCCCCGGUUAUCUUCAGUCAUUCCUCUGCCUACAGCAUCUGUCCUCACAAGAGAAACGUUCCUGACGACGUUCUUCUGGAAGUGAAAAAAAAGGAUGGCAUUGUCAUGAUCAAUUUUUAUAAUGAUUAUGUCACCUGCCAAAACACAGCUAACAUCUCUCACGUCGCUGAUCACUUUGACCAUAUCAAGAAAGUGGCCGGCUCUAGUAUCAUUGGAUUUGGAGGAGACUAUGAUGGCGUGCCAAGAGUACCAGUUGGUCUGGAGGACGUGUCAAAGUACCCUGACCUGGUGGCUGAACUUCUUAGGCGUGGCUGGACAGAUGAUGACAUCAAAAAAGCUCUGGGGGGGAACCUUCUGAGGGUUUUCAAACAGGUUGAGACGGUCAGAGACACCCUGAAGAAUCUUGAACCAGAUGAUGUACCCAUUCCUCUUAAGGAGGUCCAAAACCCCUGCAGGACGGAUUAUGGUUAUUCAGAUAAAACUAAUUCAGCAUGUACACACUCUUUAUCUCCACUGGUAUUAGUUCUGAUACUGCUAAACAAGUUACUAUAACCAGCCCGUGGUUAUUUCGUUUUUUUAUUUUAUCAUAUGUAUAAUAACACAAUUUCAAUGAUCAUGAUUAUUGUUUAAGAUACGUAUAUUGCAACACCCCAAAUUCAGAUAUAAGAAAACAUUAGCCUUGAAAGAUUUAAGUGUAAUGCGUUUUGAGUCAUUUGAAAAGUAAUACAAAUAAAAAUACAUUUUCAUUGUUAUCUCCUAUUCAUCAACAAAGAACAGUCACAUGGGUUUAACUUCUUUUCUUUAAAUGCUGCUGUGUGUCAAUCACUGUUUAAUAAAGGGAUUGUUUGAUCAUGGUAAAUAAUACAAACAUGUAAUGACACUGUUGUAUUUGUAGCCUCAGGUCUCCCCUGACAAUAAA